AUGAAGGGUGCCUUUGACCUGCUAGAUGUAGAAGGUAAAGGCCGUCUUAACUUGGAGGAAGCCAUCGACAACUUGGAGAACCUUGGAUGGGACAGGCUGGAGCAGGAGCCAUUGAUGGUUGCUAUCCGUGCCUGCCGGCGCAAAGCACCGAAGACGGACUUCGCAGGGUUCAUGGAUGCGAUUGGCCCGCUCCUCGCCGCGACUGAGCCUACCCAGGAGAGCCUGAGGCGCGCCUGGCGCCUCCUCGAUGAAAACCGCAAGGGCCACAUAGACAUGGAGGAUCUGAGCCGAGUCGUGCACGGCUUUGGCCUGGAACUCUCCAUCGAAGAGCUCCGCGACAUGGUGGGUUUCUGCGACAAGAACGGCAGCAGCGAGAUCACGUUCGACGAAUUCUACCAGAUGCUUUCACGCCAUCAGUAG